GGUCCUUCCUCGGUCGCUGCCAUGGCGCUCCCGGGCCCCGGGCCCCGCCCCCAGGACCGGCCCGGCCUGUCCUCCCCGCCUGAGCCCGGACAGCGGCCGGCCGGUCCUGGAUCCGCGCUCGGGACGAGCGGCCGGUCCUGCCCCCGGGCCGCCCCCGCCGCCCGGCAACCGGGACCGGCUCUCCGGUGGUUCGGAGCAGGCAGUGGCUCGGACACCCCGAACGGCGGGGUCCUCCACGCCUCCCCCGCCCCGCCUCGGUGUCCGGAGCGGUUCCCACCCUGCGCGACUGCAGCCCCGCCGGCCGGGAAAAUGAUCCACAGUUUGUUUCUCAUCAACUGUUCAGGUGAUAUAUUCCUGGAGAAGCACUGGAAAAGUGUUGUGAGCCAAUCAGUUUGUGACUAUUUCUUUGAAGCUCAGGAGAAAGCUGCUGAUGUUGAGAAUGUGCCACCUGUAAUCUCAACACCUCACCACUACCUCAUCAGUAUCUACAGGGAAAAGCUUUUUUUUGUGUCUGUCAUUCAGACUGAAGUGCCACCUCUUUUUGUAAUUGAGUUCCUUCAUCGAGUUGCUGACACUUUUCAGGAUUACUUUGGUGAAUGUUCAGAGACUGCAAUUAAGGACAAUGUGGUCAUAGUAUAUGAGCUCUUGGAGGAAAUGUUAGAUAAUGGAUUUCCACUCGCAACUGAGUCCAACAUCCUGAAAGAACUUAUUAAACCCCCAACAAUUCUCCGCUCUGUCGUCAAUUCUAUCACAGGCAGCAGUAAUGUGGGAGAAACCCUCCCCACCGGCCAACUCUCCAACAUUCCGUGGCGCCGGGCUGGGGUAAAGUACACCAACAAUGAAGCCUAUUUUGAUGUCAUUGAAGAAAUAGAUGCCAUUAUAGACAAAUCAGGUUCCACGGUCUUUGCAGAAAUUCAAGGAGUUAUUGAUGCUUGCAUCAAGCUGUCUGGAAUGCCUGAUCUUUCCCUUUCCUUCAUGAAUCCAAGACUUCUAGAUGAUGUCAGUUUCCACCCUUGUAUUCGGUUUAAGCGCUGGGAAUCCGAACGAGUUUUGUCAUUUAUCCCUCCAGAUGGAAGCUUUCGACUGAUCUCCUACCGCGUCAGCUCACAGAAUUUGGUGGCAAUUCCAGUGUACGUGAAACACAACAUCAGCUUUAAGGAAAAUAGCUCUUGUGGACGAUUUGAUGUUACAAUUGGACCAAAACAAAAUAUGGGGAAAACAAUUGAAGGAAUCACAGUGACGGUUCAUAUGCCAAAAGUUGUACUUAAUAUGAAUCUUUCUCCAACCCAAGGCAGCUACACAUUUGAUCCAGUCACCAAGGUGUUAACAUGGGAUGUUGGAAAAAUCACCCCACAGAAGCUCCCAGGUCUUAAGGGAAUGGUGAAUUUACAAUCUGGAGCCCCCAAACCCGAAGAGAAUCCGAGCCUAAAUAUUCAAUUCAAGAUCCAGCAACUAGCUAUUUCAGGCUUGAAAGUCAACCGUCUUGAUAUGUAUGGGGAGAAAUAUAAGCCAUUUAAAGGAGUCAAAUACAUCACCAAAGCAGGAAAAUUCCAAGUGCGGACAUGAGAAGAUACCGUCAACCCUUAAGACCUGCUGAUGUUUUCUGAGUGUCGUUGAAAUGUAUGCUUAGUGACUUAGGUUGCUCUUAGGUUCCAGAGGGAUAAUAUUCACGUUAAAGCAUUUGCGUACAACUACUUCCAUAAAAAGGGGGCUUACUAAUCGGUGUAGCUCUCUUAAAUAGCUUUAAGCUAAGGAAACUUUUCUAAUGAUGUUGCCUAUUUAAUUUUUUCCUUCUUUUUAAACAAAAAAUUUCAAAGGUGACCGUUUAGUAAGAUGCUACACUGUUACAGCGCAAAAUCAGGAGCAUGGAGAACUAAGAUAAAUAAGAGCAAAAAUGACCUACUGGAGUAAGCCACGCGGCUGCGACUGUCUUUUGCCAAGGCAGAAAUGCUGAUAUUCUGAUCAAAGUUAUGUGCUGAAGGGUGUAACUGAUCCUUAUAUUUCUGAUCUUGUCCAUCCCAUAUCAAUGUUUUUCCUGAAGCAGGCAGAUUCCUUUCCACAGAAGUUUACAGAAAACUGCCUCUUCAAGUGUUUGCCUUACUCAGCUUUUCACUUGUGCCAUUAGCAAGCGAGGUGGUUAAAGUCCCUUUACACAUAAUCCUGGCAAGCAGGGUUGCUUCAUUCUCACUGUACUUGCUAUUGUACUUUUUAUAAAUAAGAUUUUUACGUAGAGCUUAGACUUUGAUUUAUAGAGACCUUGCUGCAGUAAAUGUACCCAAAUUUGUGCCAUCAGUUCAGUUCUUAGAUAUCACUGUAGGCAAGCAUUUAUAUCUUAGGGGAUGCAUGCUUUAUUAAGAUAAAGGGAACACUGCUUUGGCAUUUAUGAAGUUGUUGCAAGCACAAGCUUAUGACCUCUUAAAAAAAGGAAAUUAGUACCCUAAAAGGCACAGUAGCAACGGAGAACUUGACCCUUGAAUGUUUUGUAAAUUAGCAGAAAAUUGCUUUAACCAGAGUCUUCCUUAAAAUUUAACCCACUCUGGUCUUGGGAUUAACAAACAAGUGUGCCUGCCAAAAUUCCAACUCCAAGUUUAUUAAGUUGUUUUUCCUCUGAAGGAUACUCGUUUAAAAAGAAAUCCUUAGUGUGGGGUGUUUGGUAAAACAGGGAUCUCCGGAUAGUAUGUCAAUUCACAGCUCACAGGUAGUUCCAAUAUAAGAGCUUUUUCUAACCCACUGCUUUCUCUGUGGUUCAGCCUGGUUCAAUGUGGAUGAAUGGGGAAGGUUAAGAAGGGAGUCACUGCAACCAUCCUUUGUUGCCCAUUCUCGCACUGCAGUGACAGAUAGCAACCUCACUCUCUAAUCUGUUUCCAUGUUCCCCUAACUCUGUCCAGCCCACACUGUAAUGCAGCUAAGAUGACUUACUUUCUUACCUUUUUCUGGGCCCGAAACAGUUCCUGCUCCUUUAGCCGGCCUUCCGCUCCCAUUCCCUGUCCAGCAUCGGAUUUGGUAACCACUAGGGGUGGGGGAGGACACCGUAGUGCACUGUACCACAGUGUCUUCAGCUCCAGUUGAUGUGUAAGGUUGUCCCCCCCAACCUGACAUUUUCCCCACUCCCGUUGCAAAUGCCUCAUUGCCCUAUUCCCCACCCCAGCAACCUAUAGCUUAACACAUCUCACCCUUCCGUUUUACCCUUCCUGGCUCAUGGGCUUUGGCUCCACCACACUGCCCCCAUCCUUUAAAUCAAGAUGUUUCCUCACCACAGGGUGACCGCUUGACUCAACUACCUCUUCCAAGUUCUUUGUUCAGCAUUGCUCUUCAUAGUCUCUUAUGACUUUUGGGAUACUGCCCUUAACCCGCUCUCCCUCCUACGGUGGCUGCGGCCCUGACACCAUUUGCUUUGUCUAUUUACGUCUUCCUCCCGUGCCUUUUCUCACAUAAUCCCCAAGUCCCUCAGGCCCCAAGUAAUCCCCCUUGCCUCUCACUUGUUCUUUCCAGAAAGCCUAUUCCUACCAGUCUAUUGCCCUUUAUGUUUAAGUUAUUGAAUUAUUUGUCAGCAUUAGAUAAGCUCCUUGAAACAGGACUUCGCUUACGUUUGUACAGGACUGUGUACAUUAUCAAUAAAGACACGGAAGCAAUACA